AUGCACAUGCUCACAGAAUGCGAGAGGAUACUCGGUGAUGGUCUUCUCCGUUUGCCCUCGCAACACAACUACCGAUACAGCCCACAGGCUGAAAGAGACCUCUUAGAACUUCUGUUCCGGUCGCUGGUGGCACACAACGAAGAGCUGGUACAUCACUUGUUCCCUGAUGGCACACCAGCAGGUGCAUGGAAGCUAGCUGAGGCCCAGGGUGCCAGAGAAGGAGCGGAAUAUAGCGAGGCAGCGCGGGGCAAGCGAUGUGGUCACAUCUUCCGAGCGGGGGAGGCCACAUACCGAUGCGUCACCUGCGCCGCCGACGAUACCUGUGUGCUAUGCAGCCGAUGCUUCGAUUCCUCCGACCACACCGGACACCAGUAUCAGAUCUCGCUAUCUUCGGGGAACUGUGGCUGCUGUGACUGCGGCGAUGACGAGGCUUGGCGCCUCCCACUCUUCUGCGCCAUCCACACCGACAGCGACCAGGCCAAGGGGAAAGAGCGCGAACGACGAGAGCUGCCCUCAGAAUUGGUGGCCUCGGUCCGACUGACCAUCUCGCGCGUGUUGGACUAUUUCUGUGAUGUCAUUUCGUGCUCCCCGGAGCAAUUGCGCCUGCCGAAGACCAUCGAAGGUAUCAAACAAGAUGAGGAGGCAUCUCGACUACGUCCAGAUUGGUAUGGAGCGGGCGACCAAGCCGAGGAAGAGCCUGAGUUUGCGCUCAUGCUGUGGAACGAUGAGAAGCAUACCAUCCGGGAUGUCGCCCGCCAGGUCACUCGCGCUUGUCGCGAGCGGGACAGCUUCGGUGUGCACCGGGCACACGAGACAAAUGAUAUUGGACGCAGUGUGGUCAAGUGGUCGAAGGAUCUGCAUCGGCUGCUGGCCGUGUCCAAGAUCAUCGAGGAGAUCAGGGUCACCGUCACCGUGCGCUCUGCACGCGACACAUUCCGUGAGCAGAUGUGCGGGACGAUCGUGGAAUGGCUGGCCGAUAUUGCCGGAUGCAGUAUUCUCGAAGACAACGAGAUCUUCCGACAGGUCAUUUGCGAAGAAUUGCUCACUCCCUGGCGAAAGGGCAGCGGCGGCUUCAAUGCGGAUAUUGGAGCCAAGGGCAUUGAUGAUCACCAAAGGACUGAGAAUAUUACGGGCCGAACACUUAUGCUCAAUUUGCCUGUCCAUGGUCAGGUGCUUUUGGCGACUGAUGACGACGACGAUGAUGAAGAUGAUGCGGUCGACGAUACCAACGAACAGGAUGACGAUGAGGACUAUGUCGAAGCGCACGAUGAUGCGGAUGAUGAAGAUGAUGAAAUGGAAAUCGAGCUCACCCGUCUUCAGGCUGAGGCAGAGGAAGACGAAGAUAUGGAUAUGGGCAAUGACGACGAUGAACUCGCUCUGGCCGAGCGUAUUCUGGCAGGGCUUACUCGUCCACAACCGCCGUCUCCCGCCCCACCACCUGAGGCCACGGAGCAGCUACCGGCUCAACCAGAACGGGCCAGUGCUACGCCCUCUCGCGAGCUCAGUACCCAGCCAUCUGAACCUCCCGGUUACAUCCCCAUCCCCCGAACACCUUCGCUUGUACGAAAACCGUCACCUGCGAGAACGGAAGGUCACUGGCAAGUACGUCCACCCAUGCCAGCUGCAGGCGAAAAGGUUCCUCCAUACGAAGACCUCUGGCAGCGAACUCGCUUGGACUGGCUGGUUCUCUUUGAUCUGAGAUUGUGGAAGAAGACGCGUACCGAUCUGCGCGAUCUUUAUAUCAGCACCGUCGUCAAUGUUCCUCAGUUCAAGCGCAUCAUGGGUCUUCGUCUGUCCGCCCUGUAUACGGCUCUGGCUCAGCUCUAUCUCAUUGCAGAUCGUGAGCCAGAUCACUCUAUUGUCAAUCUCUCUCUGCAGCUUCUCACGACACCUUCCAUCACCGAAGAGAUUGUGCUGCGAGGAAACUUCCUCACUAAAGUCAUGGCCAUUCUAUAUACAUUCCUAACCACCAGGCAAGUUGGUGAACCGCAAGUCGUCAAUCCAAACGCCACGCUGGCAUUCGAUGCUGGCUCUGUGACCAACAGACGUCUCUUCCACUUCUUCCUAGACCUCCGCUACCUCCUGCAGUCCGAGUAUGUUCAGCAUCGUGUGCGAACCGAGGAGCAGUAUCUCCCCCAAUUCCUAGACCUAGUCAAGUUGUCUCAAGGUAUCUGCCCCAACGUGCGCGCCGUUGGUGAGCAUGUUGAAUAUGAGACCGACGCUUGGAUCAGUGCUUCAAUCCUAAUGCGGGAGAUCAACCGGCUCUGUCGACAGUUCUGUGAAUCUUUCCGCGACCCUGAGCGUGAUAACGGUCAUAAUCUUGUGAGAGCAAUCAGAACCACAACGAUGACUGCUAUUCUUCACUCCGCGGGUGUGGAGCGUAAGCGCUUCGAGCAGGCAGAAAUCAAAGAGGAAGUCAGGUUCAAAACGUUGCCACCAUUCGACUUUGAAGUUGGUCCCUCUGGUCAGGUCCCAUGUCACCGGGUGGUCGAAUUCGUUGUUGAGCGCGGGUCGAUCAGUUUCCACCAUGCCCUGCACUACACUCUGUCCUGGCUUGUGGAGUGCGGCCGCAAUGUCAACGCUGCGUUGAUGCGCAAUGUUCUCUUUGAAGCCGCCUGGUCGGCCAGGAACGAGAUUCACGCUGCCAAAAUUGCAAACAAGCCCGUUGAUGAUAACCUGCUUGCUCUCGGGCCGGAGGAUCUGCUCCUGGUCAUGUUUGACUACCCCUUGAGAGUUUGUGCUUGGUUAGCACAGAUGAAGGCCGGUAUGUGGGUUCGCAAUGGUCUCAGUCUUCGACAUCAGAUGUCGCAGUACCGCGGGGUCUCCUCCCGUGACUUUGCCUACUACCGGGACAUCUUCUUGUUGCAGACUGCGCUGGUGACGUGUGAUCCCAGCAGAGUCCUUGCAUCCAUUGCGCAUCGAUUCGGCGUGGUUGAUUGGAUGUCUCGCAACUAUCUGCCUCGUCCUGGCUACGAGGAUGCCCAAAUUGUCGAUGUUGCUGAGGAGUUCGUUCAUUUGUUGGUUAUUCUGCUCACGGAUCGAACCUCUUUGACUGCGAUCGAUGACAGCACGCACUUGACGCAUGACAACAUCAGCCGUGACAUUGCUCAUGUCUUGUGCUUCAAGCCACUUUCUUUCUCUGAUCUUUCAACUCGUCUGAGUGACAAGUUGCUGGAUUCGGACAUGUUCCAGGAUGUGUUGGAGGAGAUCGCCAAUUUCCGUCCGCCAGAGGGCCUGAGCGACUCGGGCACCUUUGAGUUGAAACCUGAAUACCUCGAUCUCAUUGAUCCGUACAGUGCGCACUAUACAAAGAACCAGCGGGACGAGGCAGAGAACAUAUAUAAAGAAUGGGUGGCCAAAAAGACUGGCAAGAAGGCUUCCGACAUUGUUUUUGAGCCGAAGCUGCGACCCAUCAGCUCCGGCUUCUUUUCUAAUCUGCCUAGCUUCACGGGGACUAUGCUCUUUGCCCAAAUAGUUCACCAAUGCCUGGAGUAUGCUCUCUCAUGCCAGGAAUGUACUCCAAGUAUUCCUCCGACACGUGUUGAGACUUUCCUUCAGGUCAUCCUGCAUCUAAUCCUUGCCUCAGUUUUGGAAGACAACUCCCAGGAAGGAGAAAUGACUGAAGACUCGAGUCAGUCAUUCAACUGGCAUGCCUUGUCAAAGACCCGAGAAAUCAAAGCGGGCAACUUGACUAUAGUUGGUCUGUUGGAAAAGAUCUCUGUUAUGAACGAGUUUGCUGCCUGCGGCCCUAAGAUUCGCCAUAUUCUCAAACGUCUCUGGCAGAAGCGCCCUCAAACCUAUACCUCAGCAACUGCCUCUCUCAAAUUUCCCUUCGACCGGAUCGACACCAAUUCCCCUGCCAUUGACGUGGAAAAUGAAAAGGAGAGCAAGAAGAAGCAAGCUCUGGAAAGACAGGCGAAGGUGAUGGCACAGUUCCAGCAGCAACAGCAAAACUUCCUGAACAGCCAAGGCGAUAUCGACUGGGGCGAGGAAGACUUCAGCGACCUCGAAUCUGAAGGGGAAGCCACCCCUGAGACGAAAAUCUGGAAGUAUCCCAGUGGAACCUGCAUUCUUUGUCAGGAGGAGACGAAUGAUUCGAGGCUCUUUGGCACUUUUGCGUUGGUUCAGGAGAGUACGAUCUUGCGACAGACGGACAUCAGGGACCCCGAUCGAAUCCGUGAGGCUCUGAAGACACCCUCAAGCCUGGACAGAUCUGCUGAGGAGGUGCGGCCAUUUGGUGUGGCCGGGGAGAACCAUACCACAAUCCGGCGACUGGACUCUUCCGGGGGUGAAGUCAUCAGCGAAAAAAUUGGGUUGAGCAAAGGCUUCAAUCCAAAGAGUACCCUGCGUGGACCGGUGACCACCGGCUGCGGACACAUUAUGCACUACUCCUGUUUUGAGGUCUAUUAUACUGCCACUCAAAGGCGGCACAGUCAACAAAUCGCUCGCAACCAUCCCGAGAACACGAUGCUCAAGGAAUUUGUGUGUCCAUUGUGCAAGGCUCUGGGGAAUGCAUUCCUUCCCAUCACCUGGAAGGGCAAAGAAGAGUCCUAUCCCGGACCACUGAACACCACCGUUUCAUUUGACCAGUGGAUCACUACCGGUCUCAGGAACGCUUUGAAUCAGCCGCAAAAUUUCCCUGUGCUCAUGGAGAAAGAAAAGGCUCAUCAGCAGCCAUAUUCCGAUCUCUUCAUCGACUAUCUCUCCAAGACUUUGGUCCCUCCCCUUUCCACUAAGAUUGAUCAACUCAUGGCUUCCUCGCUUCCCUCAACUACCACCGCGCAUUAUCUUUCGUCAUCGCGGAUGGCGAUGCCGGGUCUUUUCCCUACCGCCGACGACAUCUCGCCAUCUAGCCCUCUUCAACAGGUGUCUAGCCCUACGGACAGCCCUAUGUCGGAGCUUGUCCAGAUCUACAACCGGCUGAAGAAGACACUCAAAAUGAACCACAUCGGUUCGAUUUUCAACGCCGGCCCUGAGGUCAUUCACAAUGAUGACCUCAUACAUACAGACUCUUUGAUCCGGAGUUUUGGGUUUAGCAUCGCUGCUGUUGAAAUCGCGCAGCGUGGUGUUGAAUCGGAGCCCGGAUCUACUUUGCUGGACAAGAUACCUCCGCUGACGCUAACACAUCUACGUGUCUUGGCGGAGACGGCACUGACAUAUGCCGCGGUCGGCUGCCUUCAUUCUUCUGGCGCACCCAAGAACCGCGCGACGCACGAAUUCCAGGAGAUGCACCGCCAGAGGAUCUGUCAGCUGCUUGUCGGUCAUCCUUGCUUGAGUGGCACGCCACUGCUGAACGAUGUCCGGAACAUCGAGCCCCUGCUUGCCGUAGACACCUUUGUCUUCCUGGCGGAGUGUUCGCUUUCCUUGUUGCCGGUGCUUCGGAUCGAUGUGCGCCAUCUCGUCCAGAUGUGCUACGUGGCUGAAAUUGUCAAGGUCGCGGUCACCUUCAUUCUCUGGCCGCUGGGGCUUAAGGAAGAACUUGCUGGUCAGGGUGAGAGAUAUCUGUCUGGGUCUGAACUUUCAGAGGAACGCUAUACGGCGACAAGACAUUUCUUCGACUCGGUCGUCGCCGAGCUCAAGGCAAACUCAGUGGGACGUGCCGAGGGCUCCUCAUUCCCUGCUGAGAGUGGCUUCGUGAAAGAUGGAGAGGAAUCCGCCACCCCCGGUAUAAUCAUUGCGCUACGACGACUCGUUUCGAGCUACGCUUUGACCUUCCUGCGAAAGACCACUAUUCUUCUUCGCGUCCAGCACGGCGUUGAAUUUCCCAACACAGGGUUCACCGAUGUGGGUACGUCGGAGCUCGACCGACUCACAGCAGCGCUGCACCUGCCUUCGCUCGAUGAGAUCUUCACGUCGAUCAACCCCGCGCGGAAGAGCAACAGCCCCUUCGACGCCGUCAUCUCGGGAUGGAUCUUCCACUGGAACGCGUCGCGCUCUGGGGUUCGUGUCGAAGACCAUCGACUGUGGCCAAGCCUGUCCCACCCCGCAAUUUAUGAGCUGGUCGGCUUGCCCAAGUACUUUGACAGUCUGAUCGAAGAGGCAAACCGACGCCGCUGUCCCAACUCCAAGAAGGAGCUCAGCGAUCCCAGUAUCUGUCUUUUCUGUGGAGAUAUCUUUUGCUCGCAGGCAGUAUGUUGCAUGCACAACAAGCUGGGCGGCUGUAACCAGCAUGUUCAAAAGUGCGGCAAGGACAUUGGUCUCUUCAUCAACAUCCGCAAGUGCACCGUUCUCUACCUGCACAACCGCAACGGCUCCUGGCACUAUGCCCCAUACCUGGACCGCCACGGCGAGGUCGACCCAGGCCUGCGACGCAACCGCCAGCUCAUCCUCAACCAGAAGCGAUAUGAUCGGUUGCUACGAGAUGUCUGGCUCUCGCACGCCGUCCCGGCGACGAUCAGCCGCAAGCUCGAAUCUGAGAUCAAUAACGGCGGCUGGGAGACUAUCUGA